AAUUUGUGAAAAUUUGAGAAUCUGAACCCACGGAUCUCAAAAUAAUUUAUCCUCUGUAAUAUAUCAAAUUUCAUAAUUAUUUUAUUAUUAAUUUAAUCCCUUGUAAUAUAUUAAAAUUAUUAUUUUAUUUUUGUUAAAUUUGUAGAAUUUGUAGAUUUUGUAGAAUUUGUGGAAGAAUGGACUUGAACAUAUCUGCCGCGGAGAGAACAAAAUUCUUCAACUGUUCAAAACACUUUUGGUCUAAUGUGCCAAUGGAGAUUUACUUCUCCAACGAGAAAAAUAAACUUUUAACCAUCCGCGACGGUGAGACUACCGUCUGGACCAGCGCUCACGGCAGCUACUGUAAAUUCCUCUACGCCUACGGUAACUCCAAGGAAAUUACCCUUCUACAACUCAUCACACUACAAAAUCACUCCCAUCAACGGCUCUACUACUGUAAACUCAACAAAGUUAGUGGCAACAGUGGGGACAAAGUUAACAAUGGGGACACUGACAAUGGGAACACUGAUAAGGUGUGGUUGGAGGUGGACAGGGAUGUGUUGUUUGAGGAGAUGAGUGUGUUGAGUGAGGGAUUGCCGAGUAACGAGAGUGAGAUGGAGCGUUGGACUGCAGAGUCGAACUUUCACAAUUUUGUACCAAAGGAGAAGCCGAAAUACUUUGCCGUAGACCUGGAUCGCACUUUCCUCAUACACAACUCAAAGAAAAUGAUUGAAAACGUUAAAUCAUUCGAACAUCUAAGAGAAAAUAACUUUGUACCAUUUUUUUGUACAGGCCGUUCGUAUCAAUGUGCGUUUGAUGGUUUUAAUGAGAUAAUGUCACAGUAUUCCACGUACAACGGAUACCCCGGCGUAUACAACAACGGCGCCAUGGUAUUUGACUCCCACGGCAACAUUAUCCACUCCAACACCUUCUCUCACGAGUACAUGGAAAAAUUAGUUCAAUACAUUGUGGAGAACAAUUUGGAGGAGUAUUUCCUGUUCCAUGACGUGGACGACUUUUACUGCCUCAAAGACCCGCUCUUUUUAACCAGUAAACUGUUCCUCUUUUACGAAUUUCUCAAUCCCAAGGUUAUCUCACCUUCUGAACUCGUGAGUAAAUCAAUUGUUAUGACGUAUUUUGGCAAGUAUUUGGUGGAGUUUGGUCCGUUUGUGAAUGGUGUGGACCACAUUGGGAAGUUUACGCUUUAUGAAUUAUUUGCCGAAAUCGUACCGCCAGGCACUUCCAAGUGCUCCGGCGUCAAACACAUAAUGCAGCACUAUAAUCUUAGUAGUAAAGAAUUAUACUUUGUGGGCGAUGGCGAGAAUGACGUGGAGAUAAUGCAAAUGCUGGAGAACUCAUUCGCAGUGUUAAAUGCGCCAGAUAGAGUCAAGAAAUUCGCCAAGUUUACAUUACCCAAGACACACGACAAUAACGCAGUCAAACUACUCUUCAACACCAUUUACCAUUAAUUUUUUCAUACCGUGUAA